AUGGGGGAGGCUGCCAGCCCCGCGCCCGCGCCCGCGCCCGCGCUCUGGGACUGGGACUACCUGGACCGCUGCUUCGCCCGCCACCGCGUCUGCAUCUCCUUCGGCCUGUGGAUCUGCGCCUCCUCCUGCUGGAUCGCCGCCCACACGCUGCUUCUCUAUCUGAGAUGUGCAAAGAGAUCCAGACAGGACCAGUCAGCGCUGUGUGCUGCGUGCUGCCUCCUGACCAGCCUGUGUGACACCAUCGGGGCCAUUCUGGCCAGACAGCUCACGAUCCAGGUAUUCACGGGUGCCUACCUAGCAGCUGUUGACUUGGUGAACUUUGUCUUCAUCCUUUUCCCCAUCUGUGGCUGCAGACUGAAGUCUCACUUGGGUCGGGGCUCCCGGGAGAGGAAGAGGGGGCGGCGGCUCAGGGCCAGUGUAUUUGCUCUGGCCCUGCCGCUGAGCCUGGGGCCAGGCUGGGUGCUCUGGGCCGCCGUCCCAAAGGCUUCAGGCCCCAUCCGAGGGCCCCAGCGGAGGCUGCUGGAAAGCCUGCUGCAGGACAAUACUGAGAUCCUCGGCUACCUGCUGGGUGGCAUCGCUGCCUUUGGCUCCUGGGCUUCCCGGAUCCCCCCGCUCUCCAGAAUCUGCCAGGGUAAGGCGUUUCCCUCCAUCCACCUGUGGACCCGGCUCCUGUCGGCUCUGGCUGGCCUCCUCUAUGCCUCGGCCAUUGUGGCCCAUGACCGGCGGCCUGAGUACCUGCUUCGGGCCACGCCCUGGUUCCUGACUUCCCUGGGCCGAGCUGCACUGGACCUGUCUAUCAUAUUCCUCUCCUGGGUGAUGAAGAGCAAGAUGAGACGGACCUUGGGAUUUGCCCCUGAAGCCAGAGAGAGCCCUGACACCCAAGCCCUCUUGACCUGCGUGGAGAAAGAGGAAGAAAGCCAGGAGAAUUCAGAUUGGGUGCCUCUCACUACACUACCACCCUGCAAAUCACUCAGGACAAUGGCAGCCAUCAGUCGCUACUUGGAGCUGACCAUCGAGCCGGUGCAGCAGGCAAGCUGCAGCACCACCAGGCUGCCCGGCGAUGGACAGAUGAGCCCUGGAGACGCCACACUGCAGGAGCCCCCCUCGUACCCUCCCGUUCAGGUCAUCCGGGCCCGCGUGUCUUCCAGCAGCUCCUGCGAGGUCUCCUCCAUCAACUCGGACCUCGAGUGGGACCCUGAAGACGUAAACCUUGAAGGGAACAAAGAUAACAUGGAGAUGCUCAGAUCCCAGGUGCAUAGGAGCUCCAUGGGCCCAGUGGCCCUGACGUCUGAGGAGGAACACCUCAGAGCCCCCAGUGAAGCGUUUGUCAGGAACUGAGCAGGGAUCAUCCUACAGUGACACCCAUGGCAGGAAUCACAGCUUCCGCAGAGGCGGCGCAUGAAAGUGAGGAACCAGGUGCUG